CAACCCCCCCUUUCUUCUCUCUCUCUCUCUCUCUCUCUCUCUCUCCUCAAAACAAUGGAAGCCUCUCCAGACUCAAAACCCUUCGACUCAUUCAAGUCCAAGAAGAUACUACACUCCUCUUCUUCACAAAAGCCCUCUCCCUCUGAAGAAAUUACGACGAAACCCGUUGCUUCAAAUCGGAGCCCAUGGAGCGCCCAAACCCCCGAGAAGCCGGCGGGCCACCCGCGCCGAGCCCGGAACCGGCGCGCCGCGUUCUCGGUGAAAGAAGUGAGGGAGGAGGCAUCGAAGCUCAAUGCACCGGAGCAGGGCCGGAUCCGUCUGUCCGACCCGGUUGGUUCGUCCGGCCAGCAGAUCGGAUCUGGGUCAGGAAAACCUAAGAAGAAGGUUGAUGGGCCGGUAAAGCUUCCGGAAAAGUAUGAGAUAUUGGGUCGGUUCUUUGAUAGCUUGGACAGUUCAAUUCGGCUGCUUCGGUUGAAGGGCUCUAUGUCCACAUUUACAAAUAUUAGUCCCAAAGUUGAGUUUUUGACCGACAGGAGGUUCUCCUAUGCCCAUUUAGCACAACUGAAGUUUAUUUUACCAGAAGUGAUUGAGAUGAAGAAGGUACUUGUACACGAUGAGCGAACGAGUUGUAUGAAGCCGGAUCUUCAUAUUGCAAUGAAUGUUGAUGCCAUUAAGAAUGAAGGGAAGCUGAAAUCGGCUAGUGGGAAUUCAUAUAUGAGGAAGAUCUUCCACAGUAGACUCUUGGAUUUCUUUAAAGCCCAUCCUGAGGGGGAAGUUCCAGAGGAAAAUCUACCAGAGCCAUUCAAUAAGUCAAAGCUAGUUAUGCAUACAGGCACAAGCAAUGCUUCUAUUCCAUCUUUGAUUGGUGAGGCAUCAACUGGAGUACUUCCAGAACAGCAGCCAGCAGCAGCAACCCAUCUAUCUCAUACUUUCCGGAAGCACUUCUCGCAGAAAGUUUCACGCUAUGCUACAGAAAAUUCAGACCAAGAGAAGGGCACAGUGGCUCCACAACCUUCAGCUCUCCCUGUUUCAAAGCUAGAUGUUGACCAGAGUUCCAAUGAAGGGAGAAUCAGUGCAUCUUCUGCUCCGUCCAUCAGUAAAUUUUCCUUAAAACCAUCCACAAGUGACAAAUGUUCAUCACUUGGGGCUUCUCAAGCAAGUGUACCACUGUCUCAUCCACAUACGACUCCACUAAAAAAGAGAGAUUUGGAUAAUGAAGCCUCGUCUGUCGGAACUGCUACCAUUCAAGGAACUCCUGCAAAACUCGUUUCAACUCCAGUGAAGCUGAUGAGUGCCACACCUGCACUACGACCACCAAAGAGGAUUUAUAUGAGCCCAGAUGACUACACAACAACCUCACAAAACAAAUUAAUUAGACGGCCACUCCGUAACAGAUCUCUGAAAUUUGACAGUCCAGUGAAAAAUGCUGAAGUCAAGGAUGAAGUGAAUCACGUCGGAGGAUUGUCUGUUGACGAAGUUUUUGAUAUUCUUCCUGAGAAUCUUCUGAAAUCAAUUAAAGAGAAAGAGCGGAAAGCAUUAGAGGAGAAGGAUCCAGCCAUCUCACAAGCCAAGAGGAGGCAAAAGAUGAUUGCCAGUUUACCUAAACUCUUUGACAUGAUCCGUUUCCUGUUUCAGUCAAUCAAGCGUUCCGUUGUCACAAAGGAGGAGUUUAUGCACCAGAUAGUAGCCAACCACCUAGAUAUUGUUGAUAGAAGAGAAGUUGAAGAGCAACUUAAACUUUUGCAAGAACUGGCUCCUGAAUGGAUUUAUGAGAAGUUGGCAUCCAGUGGGGAUCUUCUCAUAUGCAUCAACAAGAUGUUUAGUCCAGACUCAAUGCGUGCAAGACUUGUGGAAGCUAAGUGAGAACAAUCAAUGGAACUUGAAAGAUGUAACUUGAAAGUGAGAGAACGCCAAUUUAAUUCAACAUCCUCAAGCUAUUCAAAGAAGCAGAUUAUAUUGCUCAAGAUGCUCUCAACACUUUUAGCCUAUUUGUAAAUGUUUCAGCAGUUAAUUUGGGAAUUGGGUCAUGUUCCUUUUUUAUUUUUUAACUUGAGUGAGAUAGGCUGCAAUUAUGUCCAUUAGAAAGGCUGCAAUGUAAUUCGUCAAGAUGGACAGGUUGUGUAAGCAAUGCAACAUGUUGUAAUGAACUUGCUGUAUUCUCGUGGUAAA